AGGAAGUCACAAACUCUAUAAAACUUCCUACAUGGGCGGAGCCUCCAAAAUGAAACUUGGACAAGUGUGACAGAAAGGCGAGGAAUUGGAAGCUGCGAUCCGAGGGAAGAUGGAAGGAAUUGAUGAGGACAAUCUGGUUCCUGAGUCCGAAAUCAGAGAGAAAGAGGAAGAGGAAGAGGAAGCGGAUGCUGCUGAUGAUGUGGAUGCAAAACCCGACCGGAGCCAACGGUUCCCUUUUUCCUUCAGAAAGAAAAAAAAUGAACCAGAAAAGCCAGCUAACCAGAACAUCCGCAUUAUUACCCCGGAAUUUCAGUAUGCGAUGAAUUACCAGAAGCUCGGCAAGUGUAUCAUUAUAAACAACAAGAACUUUGAUGCCAGGACAGGGAUGUGUAUUCGGAAUGGGACAGAUAAGGACGCCGGGGAUCUGUGCAAAUGUUUCCGAAGUCUGGGAUUCGACGUGAAGGUCGUGAAUGAUCAGAGCUGUGAGAUGAUGGAACUGUUGCUGCAGAGUGUGGCAAAGAACGAUCACAGUGACAGCGCAUGCUUCGCCUGCAUCCUCCUGAGCCAUGGGGAGGAGGGUCAGAUCUACGGCACGGAUGGGGUAAUGGCCAUAAAAACUCUAACAACACUUUUCCGAGGAGAUAAAUGUCAAAGUCUAGUCGGGAAGCCAAAACUCUUCUUCAUCCAGGCUUGCCGAGGCUCAGAUUUUGACGAGGGGAUUCAGACGGAUUCCGGGCCAACCAACGACUCCAUGGAGACAGACGCCAAUCCCAGAUACAAGAUCCCGGUUGAGGCAGACUUCCUCAUUGCCUACUCCACUGUACCAGGCUACUAUUCUUGGAGGAAUCCAGGGAGGGGUUCCUGGUUCGUUCAGGCCCUCUGCAGCGUUCUUAACCAAUACGGGAAGCAGCUGGAGCUUAUGCAGAUCCUGACCCGGGUCAACUACCUGGUGGCCACCAACUUCGAGUCUUGGUCGGACGAUCCGCGUUUCAGCGAGAAGAAACAGAUUCCCUGUGUGGUCUCUAUGCUAACCAAGGAACUGUAUUUCUAGACAUUUUACACUGUGGACCCUCUAUGGUCCGACAUUAUCAGGGAGCAACGAGGCAAGCUGAUCUCUUUUUAAAGUAGCAAAAUAGGAUUUAUUAAACAAGGCAAUGCAAAGAACACUGAUGAUGUGCUAGGUGAAGUCACCCCUACUGCAAAGGUCUAGUCACCCAUACAAAAGUUUAGUAACCCUUGCAGAGGUGAAGGUACUCAUAGAGCUAUAGCAACCCAUACAGAGGCACAGGCAUGAUUACAGGGGUAAUGUAGAUGUAAUAGUCCAUACAGAGGUAUGGUUGCCCAAAUAGAGUAAUUGUAGCCCAUUUCUAUGUAGUCACUUAAAUUCAGGUGUAGCCACUCAUAUCAUAUGUCCCCCUUGUGUUCAUUACUUUAAAAAAAAUGAGUGUACCCUUUAGCCUACUAGAGUGGAAUGUGUAUUUAUGGAUGUUUCCAUCUCCUCCGCCCUGGUGAUACCCCUAAUGUAGGAGAUGAUCCAGUCCGCCAAAUAAAACAAAAUAGCUUAAGUUAA